UCUGUUAUUCUGUGUACUUUGUCUUUAGACGAUUGCGCGAGAAACUGCAUUUUAUUCCGCGACAAUACCGGUUCUGCUUCCAUCUGGUGCACUUAACGUUCUCGUACAGUGCAGGACUUGGGUCUUGAGCCUGUUACAACCUUUUUCUUUUUUAAGUGCGGCACCUUCGUGAAAAACUUCGCAAAAGGUUGCCCGGCAAACGGACAGACAGCGUUUUACCGAAAGUACAUAACUGUGACUUCGAGUCUUCCUCGUUGCAUUUGUCACUAUCUGAUCGAAAUCCAACUCACCUCCGGUUACCGGCCUACAAACAACGACCAUUGUUUACGUAGACCGCCCUCCUAAGAGACUGUUCGUGCAAUUACAUUAUUCACCAGACAAGUUCCGGACUCGGGUCUCCACGAAGUGGGCGGAGUAGUGGACGCAUGGUCUGAGAAGGAAAACCCAUCUUUCUAACGUCAAUCAGGUUCAGUGUACUUCGCCACCCAUCACUGAAAAGGUUCUGGGCUUCGAAUCAGUGCCACAAGCUUCUGAGUGAACAAAAGCCGAGCGGGUGCUCAACGAGACGUUGCAUCUUAGUUGACCGAGCUGCGUUUAGAAAGUUUCCCUUUAUCUCUUUCAAACGGCGGGCGCAUCCCUCGCGAGAACAGACCACCCUCGGUGUGUGGGUGGGUGCGCGUGUCAAGUUCAGAGGAAGAGAACAACACCAGGAGCUCGUUUGGCCGCCUUUCUCCAACUGCCUGCCGCGACUGCGCUAAUCGAAGAACUCUAGUGCCCGAGCCUGUCUGCGUGUCGGCGCGUCAGCACACGAGCAAAAGAACGAAAGAAAGCCCGGGUGCGUUGUCGUGAGGCGGCGUGGUGAGCGCCCCAGUGACAUGAGCGGUGGUCGCGGAGCGUACCGUAGGCGGGCGACGACAUCGGGACUCGAGGGUCACUCGCCGCGCGGUCCCGUCUCCGCCGCCGUGGUCCGGCUGCCGUCGUCGUCGUGGUGGUGCCGUCCGAGCGCGCCCUGUCGCGGGCCGACGCCACGUGGCGCUCCUCCCGCGGGGGCCGCCCUUCGCUCCAGGCUGCUCGCGGGAACCCGCUGAGGGAACGGCCCCCCGCCCGGUCUCUCGUCUCCCUCGUCGCCGAGCUGCGCGGGAACGACUCGACCACGCGUGCGAUGUCACAUGCGGAUGAGAGCCGGCCCGCGCUUCCCGAGAGCCUGGAGACCAUCCCAAAGGCGGAUUAUCUCCCGACGCAGCGACAUCGCUGGAAUACAAAUGAGGAAAUCGCCGCUAUCCUUAUCAGCUUCGACAGGCAUGAGGAGUGGUUAUCCCGGGAGGUGAAGAUACGGCCCAAGAGCGGGUCGAUGCUGCUGUACAGCCGCAAGCGGGUCAGGUACCGGCGUGAUGGCUACUGCUGGAAGAAGCGCAAGGACGGCAAGACCACCCGGGAGGACCACAUGAAGCUCAAGGUCCAGGGAACGGAGUGCAUCUACGGGUGCUAUGUUCACUCUGCGAUUCUGCCAACCUUUCACCGCCGCUGCUACUGGCUCCUUCAGAACCCAGACAUCGUGCUGGUACACUACUUGAACGUGCCGUACAGCGACGACAACAAGAUGGUGAUCGCGCCCACGCUGAGCUACUGCGCGGAUAAGAAGGAGUGGACCAAAGACGAGCUCGUCUCGCAACUCAAGCCCAUGUUUUACAGCGAGAACGAGCCGGACCUCAACAAUGAGCUAGAAGUGUCGACGGCCGAGACGGUGGAGGCCAUCGUGCAGCAGCUCAUGGAGAAGCAGCGGGCCAAAGGCAGCGCUGGCAGCGGCGGAAGCGCCGGCGGAGGCGGAAGCGGCGCACGCACGCACGAAUGCCCCUGCGACUCGACGACCAAGACGUCGCUGUCGCCCGCCUCGACGCCCACGCCGCCGCCGGCGCCCUCUUCCGCGCCGCAGGCCUUCUCGGCCGCCUCGUCGUCGACGCCCUCGCCGGUAGCCGCCGUCGCCGCCGGCACGACGGCAACCGCCGACGGCGGCGGCGGCGCCAGCAGUGCGUCCAAGAAGUGCGGCCACAGCCUGCACCGCAUCAUCUCUCCCAAGACGCGCUGCGCCGCGGCCACGUCGUCCACGCCCACGCCCGUGCCGCAGCCGCCACAUUCGUCCUCGUCGGUGGUGACGGCCGCCGGCGGCCCCCUGGUGACGUUGGGCCACAAGGAGGGCCGCGCCGCCGCCGCGGCAGCAGCUGCAUCCGGCGGCGCCGCGAGCGGCGGCAGCGUCAUCCUUGCGGCGCCCGUGCGGGAGGCCGGCGCCGCGGGAGCGCCCACCGCAGCCGCCACCACCACCUCGUUCAUCCUCAACCUGUCGCAGCUGCAGGGAGGCGGCGGCUUGCUCAUCCUCAACAGUGCGGCCGCGGCCACGGGCCUGGCGUCCGCCUCCGUGACGCCCGUGACGCUCCUGUGCGGCGCCGGAGGAACUGCGGCGGCUGCCGCUGCGGCCGCAGCCGCUGCCGCGGCUUCCUCCUCGACGGAAGGCACGACGGUCAGCAGCGGCAGCGCCGUCUGCAAGGAGCCGCCGCCCAUCGCGGAGGCGCCCUCGUCCACCGGCGGAGCGGCGUCCAGCGCAUCGGCGGCGGCCUCGUCGACAACCCCGUGUUCGGUCUCUUCUUCGAGCAGCAGCAGCUCUGAAGCGGCGGCUGCGAUCACCACGACGCGAACUGAAGUGAAGGUGGAAGAGCAGCAGCCCACGUGCCGCGUUCUCUGCGGCGGUGAAGAAAUGGAGUUCGGCGGCGACAGGGACCCGGAGCUGUGCAGCAGCAGCCUCAUGGGCGAGGACUCGAAAGAGCCCGCGGCGUCGGCCACCGAGGGCCGCGGGCUGUUCGACGACUCCCUCGACCUGAGCCACGACGGCAUCCAGAAGACGUUGACCGCCAACCUGGCCGCCUCAUCGCACAACAGGAGGCCCUCGUCGGACUCGUCGUCGGGCGGUGGGGUGCUCGUGAAGAGUGAGAACGGGCCCACCGACUCGGACACAGUCGACCUGAAUCCUAUGGACUUCAUCGACAACGACAUCUCCACCCCCGACGAAGAGGUGUUCAACCUGGAUACCUUCGACAUGCUUACUGACCUGCCGAACUGGGACGACUUUAACUCCGACUUGGCAGCAACCACAACGACCACUUCGUCGUCUGGUGGUACCGGAAGCACUUUAUCGUCUUCUUCUUCCGUAUUGGGCAGUGGCGGGACUGGGACCCUCUCGCUCGCAAACAAGACGCCCAGCACACAGUCGUCGCACUCGGGCAUGACCUACCGAGAAGGCACUGCCAACAUCACUGACUACUCGCCUGACUGGUCCUACACAGAAGGUGGUGUAAAGGUCCUGAUCACAGGGCCAUGGUACUCAUCAUCUUCACCGUAUAUGAUUCUUUUUGAUGGAGUCAGUGUACCAACAACGCUAGUUCAAAGCGGCGUGCUGCGAUGCUUCUGUCCAGCUCAUGAAGCCGGAUUAGUAACACUCCAGGUAGCCUGUGAAGGCUUUGUCAUAUCCAAUUCAGUCAUCUUUGAGUACCGUGAGCAGCCUCUCGUCAGCACUCAAAAGGCCAAAGAUUGGUUUGGUGUAGACGAGGGCACUCUCAAAUUCUCAUUGCUGGAGCGGCUGGAAAUGGUCGAAGCCAGGCUCUCCUUGGGAAACAAAGGUGGCACCCUCUUCCCUGGCGUUUUGGCUCAGGGCUUCGCGGACCGGCAGCGUCCGUUUGAGGAGCGGCUUGUGUCGCUGUGCCAGGAGCUGCGCUGGGGCGCGUGGCUGCCGCGGGGCGGUGGCGAUUCGUCGCCCGUGCGCGCCCUGACCCGGCCCGACCUCAGCCUGCUGCACCUGGCCGCGGCGCUGGGCUUCUCGCGGCUGGCGCGUUGCCUGUUGCGCUGGCGCCUCCAGAGCCCGUCGCCCACGCUCGACGCCGAGGUGGACGCGCUCGCCAGGGACGCCGCCCAGUGCACGCCGCUGCACUGGGCAUGUGCUCGAGGUCAACGAGAGGUGGCCUUGCUGUUGCUUCAGUGGAAUAUCUCGGCUGCCGCUGCCUGCAAUGCGGACGGCCAAACAGCUACCGCACUUGCUCGUGACAGUGGGCAUGCCAGCCUUGCUGAAGAGCUGGAGCAAGCAGCCACCAAACAGCAGCAUUCACAGGAUUCCACCAGCAGUGCACACUGCCAGUUGCUACAGCAGCAGCAUGUGCGGAGCUCAAAGGGCUCUUCAACAUCUAUGCACAGUCGGCUGACCAAGCGAGCAUCAGCCGACGGCAACAUGAGUGGCAGCUCGUCUGCUGAAGCUGAAUCCUCCAAGCGCUCCUCCAUAGACAGUGGCAUGUGUGAGGGCUCCUCGUCUCUCCCUUCGUCAAUGCUGCUCUCCUCAAGGCUCGUCUCCAAGCUGGAACUUGGCAGUGUUGUUCUCGAACCAGAUGCGCAGGGAAGCAGUGAAAGUCCAUUUAUUGAUGUUGUUGGAGUCUCGGAUGAGGAAUUAGAAAUGCAGAAUCCUGUCCGAUCUUCAGGGACGAGUCCGUUGGGUAGGAGGCGAGAGAGCCACGGCAAUGCGGGCUGCGACCUGGGCACUUCGUCCUCGGCCACGGCUGAUGCCGCAGCUCAUGUUCCGGGAGACAGCCGUGUUCUCACGCUCGCUGAGCAGAUAAUUGCAGCGCUGCCAGAGCGCAUCAAGGCAGCACCACGUGCACUCGACGAUGAUGAGGACGACUCAAUGGAGGCUGAGGGCCUGUUCCUGCUGCUGUCGUCACCCGACAUGGCUGGUGGACCCCACAGCCCUGGCCUGGCGGCCACCAUGUGCCCUGUCGAUGAUCCGCCACCACCACUUCUCAGCGACGACUUCAAUUUUGAGUUUAGCGACUACAACUACAGGUACUGCGAAGCAGGAACUCCGUCAUCAUCCCUGAGCCCAGCGUCAUCAUCAUGUCUGCAGAGUCCUGGAAGUUUUACCUUAGAAUCCCCCUCGCCUCCACCAACCACUGCUGAUUUCUGCGAGUUCUUCAAAGCGUCUGGGAAGAUCAUGGAGAGAGAUUUCUCCAAUCUUACCCUUUCAGACAAGGAGCAACGGGAACUGUACGAGGCAGCCAAGAUCAUCCAGAAGGCGUACCGCUCCUACAAGGGUCGCAAGCGCCAGGAAGAGCAAGAGAAAGAGAGAGCUGCCGCUGUGCUCAUUCAGAGCUAUUACCGGAGGUACAAGCAGUACAUGUACUACAAGCAGAUGACCAAGGCAGCCGUUGAGAGCUUCCACGGUUGGUGUGAGCAGCACAAGAGGUUCAAGAAGAGCCCCGACGGAGAGGCGGCCACAGGCAGCCCUGGACAAGGCUUUUUCCACAGGGGUUACUCGGACGACAGGCGGCCAUCGUCCCUCUCCAGCCGGGAGGGAACUCCCACCGCCUCGGCUUUCAGGCGAACAUAUUCCCAGCGGCGUCAGCACCAGGCCGCUAGGAAGAUUCAGCAGUUCAUGAGACAGUCGAAAAACAACAGCAUGUGGGAGUUUUUACAUGGGAAAGUGAUUGCAGAGAGAGCGUGCCUUAGCUGCCGAAAGAGAGAGGCCAGCAGUGGUCGUUCCAGCGCCGCCACGGCUGCCCACAAAAUCCCAGGAACUGCCUUCUAGCUUCAAGGAGGCUUGAAAGCAGUGUGAGCUCAAGCGACAAGUGCAUGAGGGAGAAGGAAACGUCUGGAGGAGAGGUGAUGGUGGAAAGCUGCAGCAGCUUUGCUGAUGCGAGAAUUUUGGUUUCCACGCAGCGCUUGGAAGCCACAGCUUCAAUUACUUUCUGCAUACAUAUGUAUAACGCAGUCCCUGCCAUUUGGGUUAUAUUGAACAUGUACUUUUAUGUCCUUCACUUUUGCUGUUGCGAGAAAAUGCGUUUGUACAAGGUUGUUGCUUUUCUUGCCCAGAGUUGUGCAUUCAGUACAGAGCGCACUUUCAAUUUGCGUUGUUUACGUGGCAUCGCUUGUUCAGGUUGCUAAUCCAGCACAUUACUUGGCAGUGUGACCUCAGAAUAGAGGGAUCCUUUUUGUGAACUUGGAAAUUAAUUUCAUGUACUGAAAACAUUUUGGGCAUCUUUUUCUUCUUUUGCACUUUCUUUUUACACUUCUUCUUUUCUUUCUCUUUUCUUUUUUUCAACGUAUAAAUUCUCAUAAACCUUGUUUUACACAUUACUUCCCAUGCUUUAUAGCCUUCUUUUCUUCUGUGUUCAUGACAUAAACAUACACACAAAAGAAUACGCAGUAUGGUACAAAUGUUUGUAAAACCAUAAAAGCCUCCUUCCUCCAUUAGACACAAAUCUUUUUCUCUGCUGCACCUUUCAUCUUCACCACAAGACACGCACACAAACACACUCUAAAAAAAAUUUAAAUGAAGGGAGAGAGAGGUAUGGAGAGUAUUGUUUGUAAUGACUGUUCGCGUUUUCAUCAGUAAUUUAUCUUCAGUGUGACUUUUUAAAUGUUGUCUGUAAAAAAAAAAACACAAAAGCUCAGUGUUGCCUUUCGACACAGGUUCUUAUUUUUAUGUUUUCUGCGAAACUGUCAAUCACUCCAUAUUUUGCACUUACCAGUAUAUGAUAACUGCUGUGUAAACAUAGGACAGGACGCGAGUUCUGCAGUGGAUGUCUCUCAGUUUCUUUGUUGUUGCUGUGUCAUCUCACUGAUAUAUAUUUAUAUAUACACAUAUUCCUGUUGCCAGAAACGCUUGCUUGACAAUACGUUAAUAACCAUUUCCGCUGCUGCAUGGAAGAAUUAUUUUUGUCCACCGUGAAGGUGGCGGUGUUGUGCGCACAGAAACACUCUGCCUGCAAGCUCCCAAGAAAAAUACAAGUAAAAAAACAAAGCCGAAGUGGGACGAUGUUGGUCUCGAGAGGUCAGUCCCGGUACAAACAAUGUUCUGGCAUGAAUAGUCAAGGUGUCGGAUGUCAUUACUGAAGGCAAGAGAUAAACACGAGGCCAGAGUGAAUGCCCGUAAAGCGAAUUUACUUACACGGCGCAACUGCUGAUAUCUAUUAUGCUCGCAAAUAGAAAGGUAGUAGAAACCACAGGUAGGCAUUCUGUUUAUUGAAAAAAAAUGAAUACAUUGAGUGAUGUUUGCACAGGAGUAGCCAAAGUAGCAGCUUCUUUCUCAUUCCAAAAUCCAGAUAAAGUUUUGCAGCUUCACUUACAUGCACAGAGAAAUUAUCAGCUGUUUAUUUCCCAGCUUCAUGUGCAUGAUUUUCCCAGUUCUCUGAAUCGAACUCGAAUUUUGCUGGGAAAAUAGACUGUGCAGCUGUCGAGGAUUCACGAAAUUUAAUCGUCUAGUGCUACAGUAGUGAACCAGGUACAGAAACAUUCGGCGCACAGUCAGUGUCAAAACUCUGCAGGGCGUGAUUUCUGCAAAACAUCUUUAUUUCCUAGCAGUUCAUGCCCACAGCCAGUGAAAGCAAACAACACCAUAUUGUUUACAUAUACACCAGUACAGGCUAGGAUUCCUACUGCUAUGCUGUGGAAACAUACAGUUUUGUUUCAGAUUCCACAGCUUUUGAUGCCAACUGGACGCACACGCUUUAGCACAUUGGUAGACCGGAGCACCUGCGUCUCGCGGUAUUGACGCAUACGAGGGAGUGUUAUGAAAUACAUCUUUGUUGCUGACUGUUUUUGCUCGUGCCGUGCAUUGGUGUAACAUUCCCGCCAACGCCUUGUCUGUUCUUUCCUGUUGUCACAUGUCCGUGCCAUAGGUACAAACUAUGUAGUAAGGUGAAGAGAAGGUUGUAAAGGAAUUGUUGCUUCUUUAACAGGGCGCUGUUGAUGGAUGCCACAUACUUUUGAUUUAUGGUAAGGCCAGCCAGUCUGUUUGCCAAGCACAUGCUCAUCAGAGGCAUGUUUCAUGUGCUCAGCUUCUGUGUUGCUAUGUAUUCUUAGGGAUAAGGCUGCCAUGGCCACUAGUCCCUCAGGUUUUAAGUGCUAAUCUAUUUGAGGCACCACCUGAACUUUCGGGAGUGAAGGGUGUUUUGUUUGAUGUUUAGCAUUGUGCUCAGAGAUUCCUGUGGUAAGGACCCACCUAAGAAAUGCACCUCUAUAUCAGGACGUCCAAAUGAGCCUGCUGAAGCAUAGCACCACUAAACCUUUUGAUGAAAAAAAUUUGAAUUGCACUUAGGUGUGAAGUUACAAUGAGCAAAGGUUUAGAGUUGUGAGGUCAGAAAGUUCAAAAUUAGUUUCAUGCCAUUUCGUACCCCAGCAUAAAACUUGUUACGAAUAACUGUAACAAGUGUCUAAACCAUACAUAUUGCUUUUAUAUUUGCACAUUUUAUCACUGCAUGUCCUUUGACUUGCAAGGUGAACUAUCUCACACCUUAUGAAUGUUAUCACAGCUGUUAUUGAAGAGAUGACAGCUGCAAUUUGUGCACCUAUAUGAAUGCUACUGUGCAAGUUAUUCUGCUGCCUCCACUCUCAUUGGAAAUGCUGCCCGUGUGGCAUUGUUUUCCAACUGAGAGACAGUGACGUGCCAACAUGUCUUUGUCGGACGAUGACAUGUGACAUCACAGUACAGCUAUCUCUCAUUUAAGCAUCCCAUUCAGACACAAAGCUCAAAACCAGUAUCACAACAAAAUUACGACAAGCAGCUGAAAGAGGCAAAGUUGAGUCACAGGGCUGCCUUCAGCUCCUGAGAUCAAAAGUGGUGCGUCAAUUGGAGAAGCAUUCGAGAAUAUGGGGGUAAUGAAAAACAAAAAGCAUGCCUGCAAUUUACUGGCAAGUAGUGUGGAGUGUUAAUUUUUUGCUUGAUUGCUCUUUGGAGCAUUCAUGCCACUCUCAACAAGCUACAAGCCAUGUGCUACCGCCGCUGCUCCUGGAACAGAGCUAAUGCAGCAUUAUUUCAGUCUGUUAGGAAUCUACGGCAGAGCAGCUGCUCACCUGUGCUUACCUAAUGGCGAACAGUUAAUGGGCUCACAGCUCACACUAAUAUAUUUGAAGUAAACAAUGUGCUGGACAUUGUUGGUAAGCAGUAGCAUUUCCAGGUCCUUCAUGUACUUGUACGAGGAAUGACUUCAGAAAAAUAAAUACUACGGUAUACUCAGUGUCCCCCUUGCCAAAUCUACAACUAACAGCAAACAUUGCUAGUAUUUUAUGAAGCAUUGCAGGGCAUAUUAUUCAGGCAAAGGCGAAGAUGUUCUGGGAGCUUGGUUGAAUCAGCUUCUUGAAGCUUUUGUAUUACUUGUCAAACAUACGUAGCCUGGCUUAUAUUACAUGCCCUUCCCAAGGUACAUGGAUUUUAUAUGUGCCAGUAUAUUUGAACUCCCGGGAUUAGUACUGUCCUUCUAGGUAACUAGUGCUUACACAACCAAGAGCAGCGGCCUUUCUUUUUCUAUAUAUAGUACGCGGAACUCGGGCAACUAGGGUUGCACAUGUAGUUAGAGUAGCUUUAAGUUAAGUAUUAGCAACCAAGCAUCUCAGAGCACCUGAUUAGCAAUCUAAUCCAAGGGACCUGCUAGAUUCAUAGACGUGUUGGGCAUGAUUUCUCACUCACACAAAUCCAAACUCUUAAGGAGCAAUGUGAAGCAGCACAGGGAUUCAAACUAAAAAGAAGCCAGAGGAGGCAACAGGUAUCUGCAGGAAUGGCCAGAGAGAAAGGAUCUCUCGAAGUGUUAAAUGGGGUGACGGGGAAGAAUGCAUUAUCUGCGCGCGUAUGUCGGUGAUUCUUGUUGACUGUCUUCGAUGCCAGAAACUGUCCACAUCCCAGAGGCUGCUUGUCGCAUAUACCCACGGCCCUCCUGCAUCUGUGUGCGUACCUGUGUUGAUAUUCUGGUCAUGUCUCGAUGCAGUCAUGUGACGCCAGCGCGCGUCUGCGCGCAGAGUUGGCCGCAUGUACAUACUAUACGUGUAGUCACACUGUAUACCCAGCAAUGCAGUCCCAAUGUACUGAGGAGAGGUUACGGAAAAAAAAAGCAACAUACAAGACAUGGUAGUGUGCUGUCUUUUUCUUAAAAAAAAAAAAGCUUUCACUUGUAAGCGCUACCUAACUAUAACUACUCUCUAGUUUCUUCUCUCACCGUCUCUACUUCAAGUGAAGUAUACCAGUACAAAUACCACCCCCAAGUCCAAGUGUGAUGGGCGUUAGUGAGCGCCGUUAGAUGUGGAGGAACCCAGGAUCGUUGUUGCCGUCACUCUUGCUUUUGCAGAGGGGGAGAGAGAAAUGAUUUGGUCUCUGUGCAAGGUGUGCCCUUACAUCUGCAUUACAGCACAAGCUUGAGCACCAUUUGUAUCUGACAUGAAUUUAAUUUCAAUUUGUUUGGCUUUGAAUUGAGGCGAGUCAUAUAAUUUGCCACUGUGUCGUGCAGUGCACACCGAUAUUGUCACACACACUGCCCAAGUCAAGGCUGUUUCUGUGUGGCCAAUCACUCCGAGUGAAGUCUGGCAGAAUUUGCUUAGCAUUUGUUACCGAGUAAUUUUGAUUAAGCUUGCAUCUUAAAACGCACAGUAUGACUGUGUACGUGUGAUCGAUUAUAUCUGUAAUCAUACACAUGACUGCACCUGAUUUUUCUUUUAUUUGGCAAAAGGAAGACGAUAUGUGCAGUUUCAAAUGACACACCUCUGUAUUGCCUGUACACACGCUGUCUCCUGGACAGAGGCAACAUAGUGAUGGGUUAACAAUGUUUUCAUACGAACACUGAUGUAUUUGUGUAAAUUGCAGAGCAGAGGUGCGUCUGCUUCAAAUGCCAACCAUGAGCCCCAUGUAAAACCCAUCAUAUUUGUUUGAAAUUGUACAUGAAAAACAUUGCAAAUUGCAACAUUUAUGAUUCCUCUAUCUGAAUACCUUUUUAUUAACAAACAUUGUAACUACUCCUAUAAACCUUUUACAUCUUUCUUGGGGAGCCUGGUAUCCAAGUGCCAGGAUAAACCGUAUUCCUUAAUUGCUAUGCACUUCAGAGCAGCCUGGAUGACAACGCUGCCAAUCUCAGAAGCAUUUGUCUUUCGGUAUAUUUUUUUUCUCUCUGUGUAGUUUUGCUUUGCUAUUCAUCCAUGCACUGAACAUUAACAUGCAUCUUUGUAGGUGUUUUGGUAAGCUACAUGAUCAGUACAAUGUGCAAGCCUGUUGCAACUAGUCUUUGAAAUCUCAUAACGAAUCUCAUCGCGAAGACAUGCACGCCAUUUCAAUGGAGAGACACCAGGAUGUUGGAUGCAGAAGCUUUAAGCUUUGCCGCUCACACGCCAGUGUAAACACGCUGAUGCUGCAUAAGCAGCAGGAAAAGAACAAGGCGAGAGAACAUGUCUGGAAAGCCCAUUUAGCCUGGAAAGUGUGCUGCGAGAGGAGCAAACCAGCAUAGAUACACUUCUCUCUCUCUCUCGCCAUCUUUCUGUCACUCUCUCUAGUACCACACCUAUAUACACACAUAUAUAACUAUAUUUGUGCUCAGAAACCUUCAUCGCGAGAUGUGAAUAAUCGUGAUAGCACAAGGUGUCGCUGUUCUUGAGUUGUUUUGUUAUUUUUGUUUCUCAGUGCUGUUCGUUUGUGCAAAAGCUGGGUCGCCCAGCGCCAAUACAGGGCCGUCGGUGCAGACUCGAAUGUCGACGCGGCCGUUACCUGAUGCCCCCAGAAGGGAAAAAUUCGAAGAUUUCUUAUUUUUCAUGUUGAAACCAUUUUUCUACUGUUGCCCCCAUGUCCUUUCCCUUGUCUCCUUUCCUCUUCCCUUUGCUCGAUACAUUUGUGGUGUCCAUAGCUGUUUUGUAAUUUCUACCUAGGAGUCACUUGUAGAGUUUGUUAAGAGCCUCGUGUUAACGAUUUUUUACAUAUAUAUAAUAUAUAAAUAUAUAUAUAAUAUAUAUAUUUACUGCCAGUUCCUUGGUAUUUUUGACGACUGAAUAUUUUUGCAAAAGUUGCAAUUUUUUGUUUUUUCUUGUUUUUCGGUUCAUGUUCACCAGUCUAGCUGAGACAUCUUGAUAGCGAGUGAAGAAAAAGCUGCUGCAUGAUUGAUUGCUGCCGAAAGGAAGUUACGUGGUCGGGGUGUUGAGAAGAAUAGUGUUGAAGGGGAGAGACAUGUUAAACGUCUGUUGAGAGCAUGAACGUGCUGGCUCGGAGGCAGAGCUAGUAAAGUCGUUGUAAGUUCUGUGAACGUUUAUUUUCCCCCACCCACCCCCCUCCUUUUUUUCAAACUGCGGGGCAGAGAAAAGUGUGAUAGUUAAAAAGAUGCUUUCAUCAAGCCACACCAUGUGGGCAUGGACACUCUUCAAGCUGCUGUUCUUGUUUCCUGUAUCGCGAUUUUUUCUUGAUCUCAUCUGUUACCCCAGCGCCAUGUUAUCACUAAUUUCUCAUGCGUGUUUCACUGUGUAAAAACCACAAAAACAAAUAAAAACUAUUCUUCCUUUCA